AUGGCACACUCCGUAGUGUUGCCUGGGCCUGCGGCCCCCAGUCCCUCCCCUCCCCCCCUCCUCGACGCCUCUUCGCCUGGUGCUGCCCAAGCCCUGACCUUGCCUACACCGAAACAAACACGUCGUCAAUGUCCCUCAUCAUCUAUGUUGUUGUACACGUUCCGUAUGCAUGGCGCACCUUGCUCUCCCAACAGUUACCAGACUGCCGUGGCUCUUUCCGACUCAGGCUCGGGCUCCAUAUCCACCUCGCCCAGCUCCAACGCUUCGUCGGCGCUAGCUUACUCCUACGCUACCUUCCCAUCGAGUGUGGCUCCUUCCUACUCGAGCCAUUAUCCCCUAGCAAAUUACUCCAACUUCAGCACUGGUUAUCAAACCAUGUCGUCAAAUCGACGAAUGUCCGCACUAAACGAUGUUUCGUCGUCGUCAAUGUUACCUCCGGCUAGAUCACCAGGGCUAGGUCAUUCUGUGUCACCGUCCAUGGGUGGUGUGUCGACCCGGGAUAAUUAUACCACAGGCGCGCCUGGUUUGCAUAGACAUUCACAUGCUCUCUCUCCUCGGUCAGAUCUUUCUCGCUACAGCUCGUUACCAGAAACUCCCAGAGUACUUCCUACCAGCAUGCCAAUAUCCACUUAUGGCAGCUACUCGAAUGGCAACUAUGGACAACAUUCGAACUCGCCCGAAACACCCCCUUUUAACGCCCAAGAGACCUUCGGGACAAUAACCUGCGAAGGCGGGACAGUGACACCUGCGAUUGAUGCUAAAGUCGAAAAAGGCUUCUUCUACUCAGGGGACGAGGUGUGGACCUGUUACCGCAGAAAUUACUUCUCGGUCAACGUGUCCUUCGGGCUCACACCAUGGACUCCGAACGGUCGUUUGUAUUAUGAUCCAGGAAAUGGUAAACCAGUUGAACAAAUUCAAUCCAUGGCCGUUUCCCUUACUGCAGCUGUAGACGGUGCAGCCGGGAAGAACAUCGAGCUCAUACAGCAUACACCCAAACGCGACAAGGGACCUCAACUUACCAUGAAGAAGGAGCUGCUUGCACCAACACCGCCGGGCAAGAGUCACGACCAUGGUGGGUAUGGCCUGAACAGCUUUCAUCAAACUUCCUCAGCACCCGGCCCGGCCCUGCCUCUACAGAAUGAGGACUCCACACAGCAGUACGCCCCCACAAGUCACUCGAGUAGUAACUACCAGCAUUCGUUCGAGCGAAUACAAUUCAAGAACGCCACUGCAAACAAUGGCAAACGAAGGGCCCAACAACAAUACUAUCAUCUCAUCAUCGAGUUGUGGGCGAACAUUCAGAAUCCACGGGACUCUGACCCGAAAUGGGUCAAGAUUGCGGCCCGUUCAUCAAGUCCAGUCGUUGUUCGGGGAAGAUCUCCUAGUCACUACCAGAAUGAAGGUCCCCAAAAUCCUGGUACAUCGAGGGGUGCUCCAGGUUCUGGGUGUGGUGGUGGUCAUCAUGGGCUUGGUUCCAGCGGCAGGGCGUCGUUCGGGGGCUAUGGUACCAGCCUUUCAGGGGGAGGAGCAACGGGCAUGGGCAACAGUAUGUAUCGAGGAAAUACAUAUUCCCUCGACCCAAGCCCAGUGGGCAGCCAUUCAGUCAGUUCGGCCAGCUCCUUGAGUGGAGGCCCGGUUGAGGGUCUUGUGGGUGAUCAGCACAUGGUCGACGAUGAAGAUUCCAAGAUGAUGGAUGCCCCGCAAGACUACUCGUACUACCCCACUCCCAUCUACGACAGUAUACCUGCGAAGCUCGAAAGCACCCUUCCCCUGCCGGAUCGCAGAAUAAAAAAUGAGUGCUCGGGACAUAAUGGAGGUUGGCAAGUAGGGGGAUGUGGCAGAUUUCAAGGUAUGGAGACCAGCCGUGGUUACUACCAUGAUGUGCAAAGCCACGCGACCUAUUGA